UUUUUCUUCGAUGAAAUCAUAAAGCGUAGCGAUUUUGCUCUCUCUGGGCGUCCCAGAUGAGCUACGAUGGCCUGCUCCUGCAGUACUUCCCCUCUCUUACACAGAAUUCGAUCAUCGUUCACUUGUGUGAAGAGCCCCAUCGCAACAACAUUUCUGUUACGAAGAUCAGCCUCUCGCUCUAUAUCAGCUACUCUAACUAGCCAUACUACCAGUAGCUUCACUUGGGACGACGUCGUUCGAGUUUCUAAACCAGAUUAUGCCCUAGACGAUUCCUCGGAUCUCUCCGGCUUCUUUGAGAAGAUCAAGGUCUGCAAUCGCGGAGCAGAAAAGCGAUCUGAGUUCCUCCCGUUUGUUUUAGAUGAUCAAAUUGCUGGUUACGUGCAUAAUGGUUUUGUUGAGCAUUUGAGGGAUUACCAGAACGUGUUUGUUUUGCCCCAGAGAGAAGGUAAUUCAAAGAUAGGAAACCAUGUAACAUUGAAUCCUGAACUUAAAUCACCGGAUGAUAGAACCAGAGCAGUUGGAGAAGUAAUCAAAUCCCUGGGAGAAGAUAUUAUUCCUGGUAUACGCAAUGAGCUGUACCCUGUAGCAUCAUCCUAUGGCGCGCCAGUAUUUUUUUUGCUUGAACGUGCUGCAGCUCCUUAUUUUGGAAUUAAGGCUUAUGGUGUCCAUAUGAAUGGCUAUGUGGAAAGAGAUGGGCAGCAAUUUCUAUGGAUAGGGAAAAGAAGUCAUGUGAAACCCACGUAUCCUGGGAUGCUUGAUCAUCUAGUUGCUGGAGGACUGCCUUAUGGAAUAGCUUGUGGGGAGAAUCUUGUUAAGGAAUGUGAAGAGGAAGCAGGAAUACCAAGAUCAAUAUCCAGGGGAGCUAUGCCAGUUGGUGCUGUUUCCUACAGGGACAUUGACGGGCAUAGAUACAAGAGAGAUGUUCUAUUUUGUUAUGAUUUGAAACUCCCCGAAGGCUUUAUGCCCAACAAUCAAGAUGAGGAGGUGGAGGGCUUCAAGUUAAUCCCUGUGACACAUGUUGCUAAUGUUAUAAGAAGGACGCAUUUCUUCAAGCCAAAUUGCUCUCUUGUUAUCAUUGAUUUUCUGUUUCGACAUGGGUACAUUAUCCCUGAAUACUUGGGAUAUUCGGAUCUAUUAGAGAGUUUGAGAAGUGGAGAUUGCUCCUAGAAAUAUCCCUGAAGCUGCUGUUUUAUUAUAUGCUACGGGUGGUUUCUGGUAUUGUCUGAAGAAAUCGUUUGCAUUGCUAGCCUCUUCUACUUUCGUGUAACAGUCCUUUGCUUUGUUGGUGGUAAGUGCAAUUAGUGAGCUUAAACAACAAGGACCCAGAUUACGGAAGCAAAUUAAAAGCUCGGGUGAAUGUCAUUGUCCGACAACAAAAAGUUGAAGCAAAUCAAAGUGUUGUAUUAAGUCAAGGUUUGGCACCUCUCAGUCUUAGAGGGCUAUUUUUAGGACCACAAAUGUAUCAUUUGCAAGGAUGAUUUUCUUUAUGACUAAAUCUUCCAAAAAUUAUAUA